AGGAAGAACUGUGUUCCACUGAGUUCCCUUUUCAGCUGGAAAGAAAUGGCAGGUCUAAAAAGCGACAACAACCAACAGCGGACAGUCAGAAGUUGGGGUCCGGAACCUGAUGUCGACCCGCAGACGCCGGUGCUGCGCAUCAGCCAGCUGGAUGCCCUCGAGCUAGAUUCAGCCCUGGAACAGCUAGUAUGGACCCAGUUCUCCCAGUGCUUCCAGAACUGCCGCCCGGGCUUGCUCACCCCUCUGGAGCCUGAACUGAGGGCUUUGCUUCAUCUGCUCGUGUGGAGGUUCACGCUGUAUUCUAGCAGCGCCACUGUGGGCCAGUCGUUACUGAGCCUGCGCUAUCACAGCACAUAUUCCUUGUCUCCCCGUUACAGGACUCUGUCCCCAAGGCAGAAGUUAAGUCUGGCCGUGCUCACUGCAGGUCCCCAGUGGCUCCAGGAGCGUUCCCACAAGCUGCUGCCGUUCUUGGGUUUGAGCUCACAAGGACCCACUUCUGAAAGAGAUGGUGGUUUGCUCCAGCAGGGUCUCCGCAAUGCCCUGACCAUUGUUUCUAGUAUCACCAAGUUCGCAAGUCUCAUCAACUUCCUUGUGUUUCUGAGGAAUGGUCGACAUCCUGUCCUAGCUGAAAGGAUCACAGGAGCUCAGGCGGUGUUCAGUAAGCCCAAUGUGGUCAGAGAUGUGACCUACCAGUACAUGAACCGGGAGCUGCUGUGGCACGGCUUUGCCGAGUUCCUCAUCUUCCUGUUGCCACUGAUCAACACAAGAAAACUGAAGGCAACGGUGUCUUCACUUGUGUUUGGGGGAGAAAGUCCUGAUGGGAAGGGAGCAAGAGAAAGGCAAGAGAUAUGGAAAGAGUGUGGACUAUGCAGGGAGUGGCCGACCAUGCCUCACACGGUGGGCUGCCAGCAUGUUUUCUGCUACUACUGCAUUAAAAGCCACAGUAUUGCAGAUGCCUACCUGACUUGUCCCAAAUGUGGUGCAGAAGCAGGACAGCCUGAGCUGGUCAAGAUGGAAGUGGAGAUGAUUGGCAGGUGAUGAUCACGUCCUGCUGUGGUGGAAUUGUUAUAAAUCUACUGUGAAAUUUCAGCGAAGACACCUAUGCCGUUAUGUAAAUGCAUCUUAAAGUUUACUGUGUUUUAAUAAAAUCCAGUAUAUAUUUAACAUUUAUCACUGUCCUGUUCUUUGAGCAGCCCGAGAAAGAUUUAGUCAUGUAUGAGUUCAUGACUGGACUUAUCUUUAUGAUGUCUGUGUCUUUUCUGAACACACAUCGGGCUGCUAUGUUUAAUGUAUGUGCACAUAUAUUGACAGUCUUCUGCCCCUUCUGUUUUUCUGGCUGGACUUUGGACAGAACUAUUUGUCUUUGGUGCACUGGACAGACUACAGAGAACCAGAGAGAGCAUAUAUUUGAUGAGUGAGCGUGUUGAUUUAUGCUCCAAAUUGGCUCUGUGUUGGCGUGUGUAUGUGUGUGUGUGUGUGUGUGUGUUUGUUGAAAUGGGAAUAUUUGUUCUGAUGAAAAAUGCAGAAAGUCAGCUGAAUAAAUAAUGGGAGGGAUUUCUGAUGCCUCUCAUCAUGGCCAAAUUAGCAUUUGUUGUGUAUUUUGUGCCUAAAUUGUAUUUCAACAUCAUUAAAAUUGAUAGAGUGCUA